UGACAACAUUUAUUCUUGCAUGUAAAGAUCAAUUCCCCUUUUGCCACGAAUCUCCUUCUUUUCUCUUUUCAUAAAAAGACUUAUUCCAUCUUGCUGUAUUCUUAUGUUUCAGAGGCAAAAAUAUUUGUUCAUUGACAAUAUUACAAGUAUCACAUCUGAAGUCGAAAUGAAGGCAACUAAGGUUGAAUUAGGAACGACGUUCAGCGUUCGAAUCGUACUGCCACCAGUUACUCGUUCUUUCGUCCGUUUUUUUGCUUACAAAUAAAUUCCCACAGCAAAUGGCUUUUUGCUUUCUAUCCAACUCUCUCUCUUCUCUCAAGGCAAGUAUACGUAAAAGCCUUGGCAUCAGCAGCCAAAAACUCUCUAGAGCUCAUCUUGUAAAAAUACUUGAUCAUGUACAGUCAGUUACAAAAAAGGAGAUGAGCAGAGAAGCCGCUAGCUUAUCUUUGCUAAGCCUAUCAAUUACUGAUGUUUAACGAGCUCAUUAUGCAGCUUCCCCUGGAGAAUGACUUGGAAGAUAUCCAGAAAGUUGACCUAAGCAGUAGAUUCGUACUGCCAAUUCUUCAGUCUCUUUUCGAUGAGCAGCUUGAUGAUCGAGCCCUGGUUGUUAAGUUCGGCAACAGAAGGAACCUUGAAUGUCAACCAUCACAGCUGAAGAUUUCAGAAAGGCGACCAGGCGGGCCCAUUCAAAUAAAGGAAUCAUCAAUCAACACAAUAACACCUAUAGGAUUUUUGGAAGCGAAGAAAGUUGCUGAAUCCAAAAACCAUAGCAAGGUAAACGCUGAUCUUUUGCGGCUAGGCGUAUUUGGUAAAAAUGUUAUUGACACCAAGAGUCUACGAUCAGUUAUCCUAAUUCAAGCAGUUGGAAAAAACUUGACUUUUUACCUAAUGUCAAACCCAACAGAAGAUAUAUACUUGAUGACAGAGCUUGAUCAUAUCAAGUUCCCCCUAUCCGUAAAUGAGCUGCAGGGCACAUAUGACUAUCUGGACAACAUUUGUGAUGUCUUGUAUAUUUUUUCAAGAGAAUGCGCUAACCCUGAUCUCAAUGAAGCCAUAUUGCAUAGGGGUUCAAUAAGGUUGCCUCUGAUUCGAGCUAUAAUUUCAAAAAGAGUAGUUAGGAAGCUCAAGAACAGUGUUCAACACUACUGCCUGUAAAGCUUAUCUCCUUUUCUAUAUAUUAUAAUUUUCAUAUGUUAAAUAAAGC